AUGAGCGACCAGGCUCUCCCCACACUCGAACACCUUGCAAUCCAGGGACUGGCAAGUAAUGAACGCUUGGCUAUCUCUGUUGUGGAGGAUCUGCCCAAAGUGUUCUUUCCGCCACUGUUCAAGGAGGCCUUCAUCAAGAGACGCAAAAAACUUGUUAAGCACAUGGUAACAACCUGGCCCUGCCCAUACCUCUAUAUUGGCCCCCUCCUGGACCACUUCGAUGUUGAUACUUUCAAGGCUGUGUUGGAAGGAGUGGAUAGGCUGAAUUGCCAGAAGGUUCGGUCUAGGAGGUGUAAACUCAAAGAGCUCAAUUUGUUGGAUGUCCAACGUGACUUCCUGGAUAUAUGGACUCCAACACGGGAUAUUCUCCGUGUUCCAGAGGCCCAAAUAGAAGAAGAUUCCAAAACAGUGCUGAGGCAACCACUAAGAGUUCAUGCAGACUAUGGCUUCCUGUUGGGCGUUCUCAAUCAGUACCAUGCGCACUUCAUGAAGUGGGUGAGGCAGAGAUUACAUAAAAUGCGCUUCAGGUUUUAUAAGUUGGUACCAAAAAGGAGAUGA